UUCAUCGGUGGACGUUGAAUGAUGUGCCAAUAAAGACUCGUGACACUAUGGAGGUAUAUAUUGUACUGAGUCUGGCGGCAAUGAUGUACAUCCUGGUGAUGCUGCUAGUGAACAGCGACCUCUGGAAGGAGAUGGACAACGACUGCCACUGCGACGACUGCCGCACCGUCUGCCACUGCCCCGUGCCCUCCGUGCGUUCCGUGUCCUCUAAGAUCGACAUCGAAUGCCGUUAAUUGCUCAAUUAUUAUAGACAAUACAGUAUAAGACAUAGAAAACUGUAGUGAAGUGUUAUAUAGUGCGAUAAGUAGAUAGUGAGUUGUUAGAUUAUUGUCGUGGUACAAGUGAUGUGCGGGUGCGGAUGAUGGAGCCGUUCGCGCGGUUGAUGGAGGGCGCGCCGCUGCCCGGCGUGCUGCCCACGCGGGACGCGCGGCCUCGGGGUGCUCUGGUGCACGCCAGCCUCGCCGCCGCGCCCCAUCUGGGCGACAAGAAGGGCCGCCACCUCACAGGCACCUUCUGCCUCACUGGCGACACCAUGGAGGGCAUCAUACAGUGCCUGGUGUUCUUGAAAGCGUUCUCGCUGGUGGGCGGCGAGUUCGACAUGGAGCUGAACUUCGUGAUCCAGGACGCGCAGAACAUACAGCACAUGCUCGAGCUGCUGGACCACUGCCCGCCCAGCUUGCAGGCGGAGAUCUGGUCGGUGUUCAUCGCGAUCCUGCGCAAGAGCGUGCGCAACCUGCAGGCGUGCACGGACGUGGGGCUCAUACACCACGUGCUGCAGCGGCUGCCGCGCGCGGAGACAGUCGUCGCAGACCUAUUGAUAGAGAUGCUAGGCGUGCUGGCCAGCUACAGUGUCACAGUAAAGGAACUCAAACAGCUUUUCAACGCCAUGAAAGCUGUCAAUGGAAAAUGGCCACGACACUCGGCCAAACUGCUCAACGUACUCAGACAAAUGCCACAUCGGAAUGGGCCUGAUGUGUUCUUCAGCUUCCCGGGGAGGAAAGGAUCGGCGAUAGUGCUGCCCCCCUUGGCGCGGUGGCCCUAUGAGAACGGUUUCACAUUCACCACGUGGUUUCGACUAGACCCCAUCAACUCCGUAAACAUCGAACGAGAGAAGCCCUACUUGUAUUGCUUCAAGACGAGCAAAGGCGUGGGCUACACAGCGCACUUCGUGGGCAACUGCCUCGUGCUGACCUCCAUGAAGGUGCGGGGCAAGGGCUUCCAGCACUGCGUCAAAUAUGAAUUCCAGCCCAGACGAUGGUACGCGAUAGCUGUGGUGUACAUAUACAACAGAUGGACCAAGAGCGAAAUCAAAUGUCUCGUGAACGGCCAGCUCGCUUCCAGCACAGAGAUGGCUUGGUUCGUCUCUACAAAUGACCCGUUCGACAAGUGCUACAUCGGCGCCACAGCAGAGCUGGACGAGGAGCGCGUGUUCUGCGGCCAGAUGGCGGCCAUCUACCUGUUCGGCGAGGCGCUCACCACGCACCAGAUAUGCGCCAUGCACCGGCUGGGCCCCGGCUAUAAGAGUCAGUUCCGUUUCGACAACGAAUGCAACAUCAGUUUGCCGGAGAACCACAAACGGGUGAGCGACGCCGCUCCCAAGCUUGCUGACAUCCCCGAGCCCUAUCCCAUAUCCCCCAUCCCAGAUACCCAAGGCGAGUCGCCGGGCGAAGAUACCAGGGCGGCAGAGAGCGCAGGAGUAGUGGUUGCGGAGGACGCGACGCCGCGCGGGCGGCGGCUGGCGGACGGCGCGCGCCAAGUGGCCGCCGCGCAUGCGUCGCUCGUAGAUAUUGAAGCAUGCAAGCGUGGCCAGUUUCGUUUCGACGCAGAGUGCCGCGAGCCUCUGCCCACCUCUGAGGUCCGCAUAGAUCGGUUCGGCGAGAUCGUCCACGAUCCCACACAAAACCUACACGACGUACUAUACGACGGCAAGUUAUCAUCGGCCAUAGUGUUCAUGUACAACCCGGUGGCCACGGACGGGCAGCUGUGCCUGCAGUCAGCGCCCAAGGGCAACGUGUCGUACUUCGUGCACACGCCGCACGCGCUCAUGUUGCAGGAAGUGAAAGCGGUGGUGACGCACUCGAUCCACAGCGCGCUGAACUCGAUCGGCGGCGUGCAGGUGCUGUUCCCGCUGUUCGCGCAGCUCGACCUGCCGCACGACGCGCCCGCCAACGACCCCAAGCGCGACCCCAUGCUGUGCUCGAAGCUGCUCGGCUUCGUGUGCUCGCUGGUGGAGUCGUGCAGCACGGUGCAGCAGCACAUGCUGCAGUGCCGCGGCUUCCUGGUCGUGUCGCACAUGCUGCAGCGCUGCGCGCGCGACCACCUCACGCCCGACACGCUCGCCAGCUUCCUGCACCUCACCAAGCAUCUGGUCACCUGCUGCUCGCCCAACUCGGAUCUGCUGCUUAAACAGUCGUUCUGCCAAUCGUUCGUCACGUGGCAGCUGCUGGACCACGUGCUGUUCAACCCGGCGCUGUGGAUCCACACGCCGGCCGCGGUGCAGGCGCGCCUGUACUGCUACCUGGCGACCGACUUCCUGGCCGACGCGCACAUCUACGGCAGCGUGCGCCGCGUCAGCACCGUGCUGCAGACUGUGCACACGCUCAAGUACUACUACUGGGUGGUCAAUCCAAGGACGAAGAGCGGCAUCGCGCCCAAGGGAUUGGACGGUCCGCGUCCCGCGCACAAGGACAUCCUCACGAUCCGCGCGUACAUCCUGCUGUUCCUGAAGCAGCUCAUCAUGAUCGGCAACGGCGUCAAGGAGGACGAGCUGCAGUCCAUACUCAACUAUCUUACCACCAUGCAUGAGGAUGAAAAUCUCCACGACGUGCUACAGAUGUUAAUAUCAUUAAUGUCGGAACAUCCAAGUUCCAUGGUACCAGCGUUCGAUGCCAAGGGUGGAGUUCGAACAAUCUUCAAACUUCUCUCAUCAGAGAGCCAACUAAUAAGACUGCAAGCUUUGAAAUUACUCGGUUUCUUCUUAAGCAGGAGCACACACAAACGCAAGUACGACGUGAUGUCGCCGCACAACCUGUACACGCUGCUGGCCACGCGGCUGGGCGCCAGCGGCGACCUGGCGCUGGCCGUGUACAACGCGCUGUACGAGCUGCUCACCGAGCACGUGGCGCAGCAGGUGCUCUACACCAGCCACCCCGAGCCGCAGCCGCACUUCCGCCUCGAGAACCCCAUGAUCCUGAAAGUUGUGGCGACACUCAUUCGUCAAUCGAAACAAACGGAGCAAUUGCUAGAAGUGAAAAAGCUAUUUCUCUCAGACAUGACUCUUCUCUGCAGUAAUAAUAGAGAGAACAGGCGGACCGUGUUACAAAUGUCGGUCUGGCAAGAGUGGCUCAUCGCCAUGGCUUACAUUCAUCCAAAAAAUACAGAGGAACAGAAAAUAUCAGAUAUGGUAUACUCCUUGUUUAGAAUGCUGUUACAUCACGCGAUCAAACACGAGUACGGAGGGUGGCGAGUGUGGGUGGACACAUUAGCCAUCGUUCAUUCGAAGGUGUCAUAUGAGGAAUUCAAACUUCAGUUUGCUCAAAUGUAUGAACAUUACGAGCAGAGACGUGCAGAUAACAUCACAGACCCGGCGGAGCGGCAGCAGCGGCCGAUCUCAACGAUAUCCGGCUGGGACAGACACGCUGAUGUUAAGAAUAGAGUCGCUCCUGAUAGUGAAGACAACGCCGAUACUUCACCCAAUACAAACAGAAAACAAAACGUCCUCAAUCACGGAGCUCAAACUGAAAUCGGAAAAGGAUUAUCCCUUCGAGAAAUCGAAACGUGUAAUUGCAAAAAGUCCAACGAAAGUGUCGAUGAGAGUCGGACUACAGUAGUUUAUAGUGAAGUGUGUAAAAUGCAUAGUCCUGCCAAAAGUGUUAGUACCGAAGUGCCCUGCGACGAAGGUUGUGAUAGUGAUAAAAAUACAGAAUUAGAGCAUGUAAUCGAUGAAACGACGGAAGAUAAAACGCUUAACUCGAAUAAUGAAUUAGUACAAUCAUUAGAAGAAAAUAAACAUCAAGAAAAUUCAGAAUCAGGCGUCGUAACGACAGAGCUAGAUUCAGAUAAAACUGAUAAACCACUUUCAAGACAAGGCAGCCUCGAUUACAUUCCAGUAAGAGAUGUGGGAGAGAAUUUAAGUAAAGAUGACAAUACUGAUAAAAGUGAAGGUUUACCUUCUAGUUUAUCAGUAAGUGAAACUGCUAGCCCAGAGAGAGUAUCUGAUGGAUUAAAUGCGAUUAACGAGAGAGAAUCUGAAUUAUCUGAUCCAUCAGAAUUAUAUUUAACUCCGAGUGAAGCGACUAGUCCAAAGAAAAUACAAGAUAAGACUGAUAAUAGUAUACCUGACGAAGUUAGCACGGAUGAUCCAAAGCAUGUUGCCAUAAACAUAGUUAAUGACGUACUUACUAUUGCAUUAGAAACCGUAAGAUUAAAAACUGACGACGACACCGAUUCUGGUGCUAUAUCGGGUGGUCUAAAUUCAGAAGGUAACACUCCGAACGGAAGAGAAGACUUAGAACAAGAUAUAGAAGAUAUUGUUAGCCAAAAACAGAGAGUAGAAUCAAUUGCUAGCGAAUUAGUUACUGAUAUAAUUAAUUCAGUAGUAUCUCAAAGUGAAGAGAAACAUAGUGAAAUAAUUGAAAAAAGCUCUCACAAGGAACUUACGAAAACGGAAGAAGAUUUAGUACCAAUAGAUAAUGAAUUUAUAGUUCCUACUGAAAACGAACAUGAAAAAGAAGGCGAAAAAGAAAGAAACAUUAACGAAGAGAAUGCCAAGAAUGAACGGGAGAGAGUAGAAACAAGUGAAUCUGAACAGAAACCUCCAGAACCGUCGAUAUCAACAAUAAGUGAAAAUAUUUCAUUAGCUAACAAGAAAGAGCAAGAAAAUCUUCAAGAGAGUGAGAAGAGUGGCGACAAUGACAGAGAAAAGCGGCGGGUCAGCUUGCCUGGCGAUAGUGACAUGAAGCAGGAGGGCCUGCGCAGUGAUGGAGUGGCCUCGCAAGGAACAAAUACCUCUACAUCUCCCAAGAGACCGCGAAGUGCUUCAACCAGCACACAAGUUGAUUCUAAUCACUUUGAAUGCGGUCGCGGCGGGCGUGCGUCCCGCGCCAUGUUCUCGCCGGGCCCCACGCGGCCGCCCUUCCGCAUCCCGGAGUUCCGCUGGUCCUACAUACACCAGCGGCUGCUGUCUGACGUGCUCUUCUCGCUAGAGACAGACAUACAGGUGUGGCGCAGUCACUCGACGAAGUCAGUGAUCGACUUCGUGAACAGCAGCGAGAAUGCGAUCUUCGUGGUGAACACUGUGCACCUCAUCAGCCAACUGGCCGACAAUCUCAUCAUCGCCUGCGGGGGGCUGCUGCCGCUGCUCGCUUCUGCUACUUCUCCUAAUAACGAAUUGGACGUCAUCGAACCCACGCAAGGCAUGCCCGUGGAAGUAGCGGUGACGUUUUUACAACGCCUCGUGUCUAUGGCCGAUGUGCUGAUAUUUGCCAGCGCACUGAACUUUGCUGAACUCGAAGCUGAGAAAAAUAUGUCCAGUGGUGGGAUUUUGCGACAGUGCCUCCGAUUGGUGUGCACGUGCGCGGUGCGCAACUGCCUCGAGUGCAAGGAGCGCCAGCGGCCCGCGCGCGCCGACGAGCCGCCCAACAAGAGCGUCGUCGCUAGUCUUGCCGACGCUGCGAGUCCAGUGAAAGAUCCCGAAAGACUUUUGCAAGAUAUGGAUGUGAACAGACUCCGUGCUGUUAUUUAUAGAGACGUCGAGGAGACGAAGCAGGCGCAGUUCCUGUCGCUGGCGAUCGUGUACUUCAUCAGUGUGCUGAUGGUGUCGAAGUACCGCGACAUCCUGGAGCCGCCGGCGCUGCACGCGCACGCGCACGCGCACGCGCACGGACACGCGCCCGCCGACUGCGCGCGCCGCCUGCACCACGCGCACGACCACCACGAUCACAACGGGGACGACGUGGAGUACGCGAUGAUCGUAGUGGAUGAGAACAACUCCACCAUCAAUGAGCUAGACUCGCCCUCUAUGAAGGAGGGGGAAGAGAGCGUGGCCAAAAUUGAGACGAGCACGGACGAACUGAAGCCGAACGCUAGCGAAAAGAAAACUCUAGAAGUUUCGCCGGCCUCGGAGAAAGAGGAGCCGCUGUUCAAGUCGAGCCUCCGGCUGAAGCCGCAGAGCAAACCCAAGCCUCCCAGCUCGAGGUCCAAAACAUUAUCGGGGAUCACGGUGUCCGUGGUGAAGUUGAGUGUGGAUUCGAUCGAAGACGCCGGUUCGUUCCACUUGAACUCAACAGAGACUACCAAUAACGACCCAGAGACCUCUAGUGAAAUUGCAAUGGAUGAUAAUAAACUUCCUGUAAGCAAUGAUGAAUCCUGGACAGACGUGAAUUUAAAUGAGGAAGGUGAAAGAGGUCCGGCCACUAUUACGGGAAGGGGCAGGGAUCAUGAAGAAAUAGAGAAACAAAUUCAACUACGCAGCGAGCACCACGUGCAGAGACUGCAGAACAGAAGUCUUCAAGCUGCACAGAGACAUUUGCACCAGGAGGCGGAGUGCGGGGCGGGGGUGGAGGCGGAGUGCGCGGAGGCGGGUGCGGGGGCGGGGGCGGGGGGCGAGGUGUCGCGCGAGGCGUCGCUGACGCACAAGCUGGAGCGCGCGCUGGGCGCCGUGUGCCCGCUGCUGCGCGAGAUCAUGCUCGACUUCGCGCCCUUCCUCGCCAAGACGCUCGUCGGCAGCCACGGCCAGGAGCUGCUCAUGGAGGGUCUCCAAACGUUCAAGUCGAGCACGUCGGUGGUGGAGCUGGUGAUGCUGCUGUGCUCGCAGGAGUGGCAGAACUCGCUGCAGAAGCACGCGGGGCUGGCCUUCAUCGAGCUGAUCAACGAGGGCCGCCUGCUGUCGCACGCCAUGCGCGACCACAUCGUGCGCGUCGCCAACGAGGCCGAGUUCAUACUGAACAGGAUGCGUGCUGACGACGUGCUCAAACACGCUGAUUUUGAGUGCCUGUGCGGUGCGUGGAGCGGCGAGCGCGCGGAGGAGGAGCGCACGUGCGAGCGGCUCAUCGCCGCCGCGCGCCGCCGCGACACCGCCGCCGCCGCGCGCCAGCUCGACAAGCUGCACCACCACCGCGUGGGCGAGGGCGGUGCGGAGAGCACGUUCUGGAAGCUGGACUCGUGGGAGGACGACGCGCGGCGGCGGCGCCGGCUCGUGCCCGACGCGCGCGGCCGCCGCCACGACGCGCGCGCGCACCUCCACCCGCCCGCGCCGCCCACCGACGCUAUACUGCAGGCGACAGAGGAACUGCACGCACGUAUCGCGGGCGUGUCGGGCGGCGCCCAGCUGGCGGCCGCGCCCGCGCAGGAGCUGCUCGACGACGCCGAGCUGCUGGUUGACGAGCGGGACGCGGAGCAGGACCUUACUGGGCCGGUGAACAUGAGUACCCCAGCGCGGUUGGUGGCGGGCGGCGUGGUGGCGGGCGGCACGCUGUCGCUCACCUCCACCGAGCUGUACUUCGAGGUGGACGAGGACGACCCCGACUACAAGAAGGCGGACCCGGAGGUGUUAAAGUACUGCGAGCACCUGCACGGCAAAUGGUACUUCAGCGAGAUCCGCGCGAUCUUCUCGCGCCGCUACCUGCUGCAGAACACCGCCAUCGAGAUGUUCCUCGCCAGCAGAACGUCGAUAUUCUUCGCGUUCCCGGACCAGGCGACGGUGAAGAAGGUGAUCAAAGCCUUACCGCGAGUCGGCGUCGGCAUCAAGUACGGCAUCCCGCAGACCAGGCGCGCGUCGAUGAUGUCGCCCCGGCAGCUCAUGCGCAACUCGAACAUGACGCAGAAGUGGCAGCGCCGGGAGAUCUCCAACUUCGAGUACCUCAUGUUCCUCAACACCAUCGCUGGUCGCACGUACAACGACUUGAACCAGUACCCGGUGUUCCCCUGGGUGCUCACCAACUACGAGAGCGAGGAGCUCGACCUCAGCCAACCGUCCAACUACAGAGACUUAUCUAAGCCGAUCGGCGCGCUGAACCCGAGCCGGCGCGCGUACUUCGAGGAGCGCUACAACACGUGGGAGCACGAGUCCACGCCGCCCUUCCACUACGGCACGCACUACUCCACCGCCGCCUUCGUGCUCAACUGGCUCGUGCGCAUCGAGCCGAUGACGACGAUGUUCCUGGCGCUGCACGGCGGCAAGUUCGACCACCCCAACCGGCUGUUCUCUUCCAUCGCGCUGUCUUGGAAGAACUGCCAGCGUGACACCUCUGAUGUUAAGGAGCUGAUCCCGGAGCUGUUCUUCCUGCCGGAGAUGCUGGUGAACGGGUCGGGGCUGGCGCUGGGGCUGGCGGACGCGCGCGGCGACGUGGCGCUGCCGCCGUGGGCCGCCUCGCCCGAGGAGUUCGUGCGCCUGCACCGCAUGGCGCUCGAGUCCGAGUUCGUGUCCUGCCAGCUGCACCAGUGGAUCGACCUCAUCUUCGGGUACAAGCAGAGAGGGCCGGAGGCGGUGCGCGCCACGAACGUGUUCUACUACCUGACGUACGAGGGCGGCGUGCGGCUGGAGGCGCUGGGCGACGGCGUGACGCGCGCCGCCGUGGAGGAGCAGAUCCGCAGCUUCGGGCAGACGCCGGCGCAGCUGCUGAGCGAGCCGCACCCGCCGCGCGCCUCGGCGCUGCACCUGGCGCCGCUCAUGUUCGCGGCCGCGCCCGACGACGUGUGCCUGCGCCUCAAGCUGCCCUCCAACGCGCCCGUCGUGCACGUCUCCGCCAACACCUACCCGCAGCUCGCCAUGCCCGCCGCCGUCACGGUGUCGGCGGCCCGCGCGUUCGCGGCGCACCGCUGGGUGGGCGGCGGGUGCGCGCACGCGGCGCAGCGCCACCAGGAGCACGCGCCGCCGCCCAGCCCGCUCCUCAUGGACCCCGUCUGGGGUGAGUGCUCUCUGUAUGUACUGUUGUGGCAGGUGUCGGCGGCCCGCGCGUUCGCGGCGCACCGCUGGGUGGGCGGCGGGUGCGCGCACGCGGCGCAGCGCCACCAGGAGCACGCGCCGCCGCCCAGCCCGCUCCUCAUGGACCCCGUCUGGGGUGAGUGCUCUCUGUAUGUACUGUUGUGGCAGGUGUCGGCGGCCCGCGCGUUCGCGGCGCACCGCUGGGUGGGCGGCGGGUGCGCGCACGCGGCGCAGCGCCACCAGGAGCACGCGCCGCCGCCCAGCCCGCUCCUCAUGGACCCCGUCUGGGGUGAGUGCUCUCUGUAUGUACUGUUGUGGCAGGUGUCGGCGGCCCGCGCGUUCGCGGCGCACCGCUGGGUGGGCGGCGGGUGCGCGCACGCGGCGCAGCGCCACCAGGAGCACGCGCCGCCGCCCAGCCCGCUCCUCAUGGACCCCGUCUGGGCUGCGGGCGGCUCAGCAGCGCUGUCCCGGCGGCAGCUCGGCGACAACUUCUCGCAGCGCGUGCGCGCGCGCACCAACUGCUUCGUCACGACGGUCGACUCGCGCUUCCUCAUCGCCGCCGGCUUCUGGGACAACAGCUUCCGCGUCUUCUCCACUGAUACCGCGAAGAUAGUGCAGAUAAUAUUCGGUCACUACGGCGUGGUGACGUGUGUGUCGCGCUCCGAGUGUAACAUCACGUCCGACUGCUACAUCGCGUCCGGCUCCGAGGACUGCACCGUGCUGCUCUGGCAUUGGUCGGCCCGCGCGGGCGGCAUCGUGGGCGAGGGCGACACGCCGGCGCCGCGCGUGACGCUGACGGGGCACGACGCGCCAGUCAACGCCGUGCUCGUGUCCGCCGAGCUCGGCCUCGUCAUCUCCUCCUCUGUCAACGGGCCGGUGCUGAUCCACACGACGUUCGGCGAGCUGCUGCGCGCGCUGCGCGGCGCGGCGGGCGCGGGCCCGCAGCAGCUGGCGCUGUCCCGCGAGGGCGUGCUGGUGGUGGCCUUCGCGCGCGGACACCUCGCCGCCUUCACGCUCAACGGCCGCCGCCUGCGGCACGAGACGCACAACGACAACUUCCAGUGCCUGGCGCUGUCGCGGUGCGGCGAGUACCUGGUGUGCGGCGGCGACGCGGGCGUGGUGGAGGUGUGGCGCGCCUGCACGCUGGCGCCGCUGUACGCCUUCCCGCCCGCCGGCGCGCCCGUCUGCUCGCUCGCGCUCUCGCACGACCAGCGAUUCCUGUUGGCCGGCUUGGAGAACGGCUCGCUGGUUGUGUUCCACAUCGACUUCAACAGAUGGCACCACGAGUACCAGCAGCGCUACUGAGCGUCACGUGCUCCGGCGACCGACGCGGCUUUUCUUUCCAUUUAUAUGUUCCAAUCGUAUUUGAAGAAUCGCUUCAUUUAGUAUACACUCAUAAAACUUUAAAUAUCCCAUAAUGUUUGUUUUCUUUUUGUUUGAUUAUUUUUGCGUACCUAAUCCUUCAUUUGUGUAUAAUAUGUUAAAAAUAUACGUGCAACGUUUAGAAACUAGUUGGAAUACGUUAAGGCGCCGCGUUCGGUCGCCGGCUCCGGUCGCUCGCAUGAUUCGCAAAUUGUUAAUAAUGUACUUAUUGAAAUAGGGAAAGGUGGAGUUCUAUCGUGUGACGUCACGAUACUUGAUGCUAUAGUGUAACCUUAGUUUUAGUUGCGAUUUGAGAAUUUUAGAACUCUGUUCGUUUCGUUUCGUCGUUUCUAUUUUUAUAUAAUGUGACAUUUAAAUAUUUUUAAUAAUUUAAAUCACCUUAAUAUUAUAUAUGUAUUAUCGAUGUUCUUUUACAGGACCUACCUAUGUACAAAAUGAUGAAGUCAAAAUAUAUACUUAAUUUGUUAUUUAAUUAAUUGAAAGGGAGUUUAUUUGAUAGUUAUAAGUGAAGGCUUUAUAUAAUUACAUUCCAUUUCGAUUUGAUUGUAUAUAAUGGUUUCUCGUAUGUUAUGUUAGUGCCAUAGGUGAAUUGUGACGACGGCGAGAAUAGUAAUUAAUAUAUUUUAUAAUUAUUUGGGCCAGAAAUUUCAGAAUAUUCGGAACUGAUCUGAAAACUGUUAUAAUAUGAUAGAUUUCAGUUGUUCUAUUAAGAUGCUUUUAUCUAUGAUUGCAAUGUACUUAAAUUAUUGAUUGUGCAAUACUGGUCUUACUUUAUUUUCUAUUGCUUUGUUUUAUAUAUUAUGAAAUUUACCUGUUUCUUUACUUGCGUCCAUGUACUUAGUAUUAUUUUAUUAUUGUCUUUCUAUACAUUCCUUUUACACGGCUGUUGUCAUAUUUAUUUUAAUUUUUUUCUUCGUCUUUGGUUUCGGGUAAGCUAGUAUUUAAUUUAUACGAAAUUAUUCUAAUUGUUAUUAUUUACAUCAUUGUUUUAAUUUUUAUUAAAGGGUCAUAUUGACUUUAUUUGCUUUUUAUUUAUUUUCGUCCUUCUCCUUCGACUAAGUUACGUAACGUAGCAAGUAAUAAUGAGGUUAUCGUGCGAGGAAACGCGACGGUACCGACGGACAGAUGUCCGUUUUGUUACUUUCGCCGAUUGUCAAUAAAUUGUUAUGAAUAAGAAAUAUUUAUAAUAAUAAUAGUAUUAUAAUGUUGUGUAAGCGCGCUGCGGCCGAUACAUGUAGAAUAGCUGUAAGCGAAUGUUAUGUAACGCGAUACGAUA